AUGGAUAGCAAGAGGCUUAAGUAUACUAGGGACAGUAGUGAAAAUGUGAGAAAUUCCAUCCUAGAUAGAAGAGCAACAAGUUUAUUUAAGAAAGUAGAAGAGUUUUCUAUUCUAUGUGAUGUAGAUGUCGCUAUAAUUAUUUUUAGACCAGGAGAAGCCGAACCCAUUGUUUGGAAAUCUCAAAUUCUGGCUAAGGAGGUAUUAAUGAGGUAUUUGAGUUUUUCUAAGGAAAUAAGGCUUAAGAAGUUAGAAAAACUUGAAACCUAUCUUUCAAAAAAAGUGAAUGAGCAAGAAGAAAGAAUCAGAAAAUUAGAGAAAAUGAAGGGGGAGAAGGAAAUGGAACUUCUCUUCAACCAAUUUAUGGAGGGAAAUAAUACUAAUGAACUUGAUGCUAGACAAAUUAAAGGUUUGUUAAACAUGUUUCGUGCUAAGAUGGAUAAACUUAAUGAAAGAAAGAAACAACUCAAUCAACCUCCAAAACCUCCUAAUUUCAAGCCCGCUGACAAAAUUGUUACCCCAUCAGCAAGUUCAACGAAAGAUUUGAUCAAUGACCCAUGGGGUGGAAGAAAUACAGAGUCUGCCCCAAUAGAAGGCGAUGACACCAAUGUUGAAGAUGAUGGACAUUUCAAGGACCUUGAUUGA